AUGGUGAAGUUAUAUAACAAAUUGCUCGGCACACUCGCCGUGGGCGUCGGAUCUGUCUGGGCGCUCGAAAACACGACAGUCUACGAGUUCGAGUCUGUCAAGGGCUUGUUCGAACAGGAGUACCGAAGUGUGUUCUCGGACAAUGUUUCGCAGGUGCAGUUGCGGGACGCCGUUGUGAUAAAUGGAACGGUGGUCUACGAGGCUGGCGCAGGUGGGGACGGUGGGUCGCUGGACGAGUGGCUGCAGGAGCAGCGUAACGUCUCCGUUCAGCGGGUCCUCGAGAACAUCGGCCCCAGCGGCUUGUAUCCUUCUGUGCUKCCCGGGGUCGUGAUUGCGUCGCCGUCGCAGGCGCACCCGGACUACUUCUACCAGUGGAUUAGGGACAGCGCGCUGACCAUUAACAGCCUCGUCUCGCACACGCACACGCACACGCACACACUGCUGCAGUACUUGAAUGUCACGUUCCACUUGCAGAGGACCAACAACACCUUGGGGGCUGGGGUCCAGUACACCAACGACACGGCGUCGCUGGGCGACCCCAAGUGGAAUGUCGACAACACUGCAUUCACGCAGGACUGGGGCCGCCCUCAGAACGAUGGGCCCGCCCUGCGCACCAUCGCCGUGUUGAAAAUCAUUGACUACCUUAGCGAGGCCGGCGCUGAUCUGGGCAGUGAGUAUCCGUUCCGGUCCACCAAAGAGGUCUUUGACGAUAUCGUGCGCUGGGACUUGAGGUUCGUUAUGGACCACUGGAACUCGCCGGGCUUCGAUCUCUGGGAGGAAGUCAGCGGGCUGCAUUUCUUUACGUUGCUGGCGCAACUGUCCGCGGUGGACAAGUCGCUGGGCUAUCUCAACGASGCGGAACAGUCGUCGUCGGAAUUUGUUGACGAGCUGCGCCAAACGCGCCAGGCCAUCUCGGAAUUCCUUUUGGACCCUGCGAACGGGUUCAUUCACCCUGAGUACAACUACGUGGUCGAAACUCCCGCCAUCGCCAAGACGUUGCGGUCCGGGCUGGAUAUUUCCACUCUGCUGGCCGCCAACAUCGCUCAUGACACGCCAAAGGCUUCCCGGUUGCCCUUCAACGUCGACGACCGUGCUGUCCUGAACACUUUGCACAACCUGAUGUUCCGCAUGCGUUCUCUUUACCCGAUCAAUAGCAACGCCACGGGCAUUGCCCUGGGCAGGUACCCUGAAGACGAAUACGACGGUUACGGAUUGGGCGAAGGGAAUCCGUGGGUCUUGGCCACUUGUGCCGCUUCCACCACGCUUUACAAACUCAUCCAUUGGCACAUCUCCGAGCAGCAAGACGUGGUUGUCCCCAUGCACAAUGAAACCUCGAAUGCGUUUUGGGACCAGCUGAUUUUCUCCAAUCUCGCGACUUUGGGCAGCGACGAUGGGUAUUUGAUUGUCGAGUACAACUCCCCCGCCUUCAAUCAAACAAUGCAGAAAAUCUUUCAGCUGGCAGAUUCGUUCCUGGUGAAACUGAAAACACAUGUGGGUGCAGACGGCGAGCUGAGUGAACAGUUCAACAAGCACACGGGCUUCAUGCAGGGCGCUCGGCACCUCACUUGGUCCUACACCUCAUUUUGGGACGCCCAUCAAAUAAGACAAGAAAUUCUAAACACCUUUUAA